AUGGCGUUACUUAGCAGUUAUCACAUCAUGAUAGUCUCACAAUACUUCAAUAAAAUAGAAGACUUUGUAGUUCUGGAGUUAGUUUGUAAAAAAUGCCGCUUUAAUUUGGACAAGUUUCAUUUCAACCCAAUUCGGUUGACCGACAAAACAAUCAGGUACUUCCCAAACAUUGAGACACUGCACUUAUGGGAUAUACAUGAUGAGAACUUUGGAAAUGGUUUUCUUGUCAAAUCUGAAUUUGGUUUUUUUAAUGAUAUAAAUGAUGAUAAAGACAUUGUUGUCAAGAAAACGUUUUAUGAUGUAAUAAUGUGGUUCAAUGUGGAUUAUGAAACUUAUUUAAAAAACAAAAAUUUCAAUUACAAAUUUAAAAAUGUGACAUAUAAUAAAAACGAUAGGGAACAGUUUGGUAAUACCAUUCCACCAAUUGUUUCAUCAAUUUCUGAUAUUUGUUUCGAAAGAUGUUAUGAUUUGUGUGAUAUUGUUAUACCACCAAAUGUCAUUAGAAUUGGAAAAUGUUGUUUCAGAUAUUGUCAAAAUCUAAGAAGUAUCACAAUAUCGUCAAGUGUCGUAUCAAUUGGUAAUGAAUGUUUUCGCGAUUGUGCCCAUCUUAGUGAGGUGGUAAUACCUUUAAGUGUGACAUCUAUAAAUAGUAGUUGUUUUGAACAAUGUAGUAGUCUGAGGAACAUAGUGAUACCACCAAGUGUCGUAUUAAUUAGUGAAUUUUGUUUCUAUGAAUGUGGUGGUAUGAAUUGUAUUGAUAUACCAAGUGGUGUUUCAUCAAUAAGUGACAAUUGUUUCUUUAUGUGUAGCAAUCUGAGCAAUAUCACAAUACCAUAUUGUGUUGAAUCAAUUGGUAAAAGUUGUUUCAGUCGAUGCAGCAGUCUAAAUGAAAUGAUAAUACCAUCAAGUGUGACAUCUAUUGGUGAGUAUUGUUUUAGUUAUUGUAUUAAUUUGAAACAUGUUGAUGUGUCAUCAAGUGUCACAACUAUUAGUAAUCAUUGUUUUGAUGGAUGUAGUAACCUUAUCAACAUUAAAAUUGGACCAAGUGUCAGAUCAUAUGGUGAUUAUUCUUUUCGUGGAUGUGGUAAUUUGAGCAAUAUAACAAUUCAUUCAAAAGUAUCGUCAAUAGGUUAUAAUUGCUUUUGUUUAUGUAACAGUCUGAGUACUAUAACAAUUCCGUCAAGUGUUACAUCAAUUGGAGAUGAUUUCAUUUUUUACAAAACUCGAUUUGAUUUUUUUUUAACAUGGCUAUUUUGCCGACUUUAUUUCAUCAAUUUUUGUGUUACUGAAAAUGGGUUAUCUGCUUUUGUUAUCAUUUGGUAUAAUCUUUGCAAAUACUAUCACGUUUUAAAUCGAACUGUCAAUAAUUAUGAUAAUACGCUUCCAGUCAUCAAAGACAAUGGUAUCUGCUUUUUUAAAUAA